GUGACCUGAGCUGAAGUUGGGCACUUAACCUACUGAGCCACCCAGGUGCCCCAGCAGUGGUGUUUGUUUAGAUCCAUUAUUUGGAUUUGGAUCCAUUAGCCACUAGACUUGUUCACCAUUCAUGAAAUGCUCGAAAACCAGGGAUACUAGACAAGGGAAUGUUAAUUGAAGAGUAAGGUGAAGUCACUCUCUACAUUAAGGCCAAAUUAGUGACCUUUACCUUUUAGAUAUUUAUAUAUAAGAUGGUGCUCACAUUGGAAAGAAUCCUAAAAGGUGUUAGUUAAUUCCCUUUCAUUCUGAUGAAAAUUCUUUUCCAAAAGUUAGUUUUUCAGUGUGUAUUGGAGUAGAUCCGAAUGUUAUUUGACUGUUCUGCCAUCUGAGUUUAAGGGAGUGAGAGAGUAGGGUAGAAGAAAGAAAAGGAAGAGAAAGAAAGGAAUAGAAGGGUUAGUUAGGAAGGAAAAGUGUUAACAGUGCUGAGGAGUGGCAUUAUGAAACACAAAAAUCAGAGAGCCUGUAACCAACCAUCCAUUUCCCGAAUUAUGUUUUGUUUUCUUUUUGUGAUUUUAAGCAUUUGUGGUCCUAAUACAGUUUGAAAACCAGCAGAGCCUUUAACCUGAUAAUUAAUAUUCAGUUUUGGUAUUUCCAUGGUGCACGUGUCGUGCUGUGUGUGUGUGGGUGCAUGCAUGCGUGCAAACAGUUCCCACCAUUUGAAUGAAGAAUCAGUUGGUAGUUUUAAAAGUGAAACUCUGGUGUGAAACUGUCAUUUCCUUCAGAAGCAAUAAAGUAAAUAGUUGUCAACCUCAAACCCAAUUUUUGGAUAUUCGGAAAUUCUUUGGGGUUAUACCAAGUGGAAAGAAACUUGUGACUGACACAGUGACGAAGAAUGAGAAGACAAAGUCUGCCGAAGAAACUUUAAAAGCAAAGAAAGGAAUAAAGGAAAUCAAGGUAAAUAGUUCUUGUAAAGAAGAGGACUCUAAACAGAAGCAACCAAACAAGAAAAAGAGGAUCAUCUAUGAUUCAGAUUCAGAAUCCGAGGAGACAGUGCAGGUAAAAAAUGCCAAAAAGCAACCAGAGAAACCUAAACCUGGUAAAAUUCUACGCCAGGAUCCUGUCACAUACAUUUCAGAAACAGAUGAAGAAGAUGACUUUGUGUGUAAGAAGGCAGUCUCUAAAUCAAAAGAGAAUGGAAGAUCUACAAAUAGUUAUCUUGGAGCAUCAAAUAAGAAAAAGAAUGAAGAAAACACUAAGACCAAGAAUAAGCCUUUAUCACCAAUAAAACUUACCCCCACAUCAGUGCUUGAUUAUUUUGGAACUGGAAGUAUCCAACGAUCAGAUAAGAAGAUGGUAGCAAGCAAAAGAAAAGAGCCUUCCCAAAAUGUGGAUGAUUCCAGAUUAAAUGAUGAAGCCAUCGCCAAGCAGUUGCAGCUUGAUGAGGAUGCAGAGCUGGAGCGACAGCUGCACGAAGAUGAAGAGUUUGCCAGAACGUUAGCCAUGUUGGACGAAGAACCAAAGACCAAAAAGAUGCGAAAGGACCCAGAAGGAAGAGAAACAUUGUCAUCUGUCCAAGCCAAUUUAAGUAAAGCAGAAAAACAUAAAUCUCCUCAUAAAGUAAAAACAGAACAAUUUUCAGAUGACAGAAAGAACUGUAGUCCUAAGAAGCCAACUAAAUGUGAAAGUUUGAAAGGAUCUCAGCAACAUUUGAAGUCUUCACCUCACAAAUUAGGAGAAACUUCUCCGAAAGCCAGUUCCAAGUUGGCCCUUUUGAAAAAAAAAGGAGAGAGUUCUUAUAAAGAAACAGAGCCUAUGGUUUCAAAAAGAAAAGAAGAUACCAUUGAAUUGAAAGGACAGAUAAAAACUCCCAAGAAACCCAAACGUUCUCCAGCUAAAAAAGAGUCUAUAAGUCCUGAAGAUUCUGAAAAGAGACGCACUAAUUAUCAAGCUUAUCGAAGCUACUUAAAUCGAGAAGGUCCCAAAGCUUUGGGCUCCAAAGAAAUUCCAAAGGGAGCUGAAAAUUGCUUGGAAGGCCUUACAUUUGUAAUCACAGGAGUGCUGGAGUCCAUUGAACGAGAUGAGGCCAAGUCUUUAAUUGAGCGUUACGGGGGGAAAGUAACAGGAAAUGUCAGCAAGAAAACAAACUACCUUGUCAUGGGUCGUGACAGCGGACAGUCCAAGAGCGAUAAGGCAGCAGCUUUGGGGACAAAUAUUAUUGAUGAAGAUGGCCUAUUGAAUCUGAUUCGAACUAUGCCAGGCAAGAAGUCCAAGUACGAAAUCGCAGUUGAAGCUGAGAUGAAGAAAGAAAAGUCCAAAUUGGAAAGAACACCCCAAAAAAAUGACCAAGGAAAAAGAAAAAUAAGCCCAACUAAGAAUGAAUCAGAAUCUAAAAAAACUAGACUGACUCCCAAAAGGAACAGCUCUAUAAAGUCCGCACAAAAGGAAACAAGUUCAAUUUGGAGAUGCCUGGAUUUCGAGGAGCAGGUGGCCGGGGAGACAAAUGGCGACAGCCGGGAUAGGAACUUGGCUGAUGCCAGCAGUGAGAACAAAGUGGAAAAUCUGCUCUGGGUGGAUAAGUACAAGCCCACCUCCCUCAAGACCAUAAUCGGACAGCAAGGUGACCAGAGCUGUGCCAACAAACUCCUACGCUGGCUCCAGAACUGGCACAAGAGUCCAUCUGAAGAUAAGAAACACGCAGCAAAGUUUGUUAAGUUUGCUGGCAAAGAUGAUGGCUCUAGUUUCAAAGCGGCACUGCUCUCCGGCCCUCCAGGUGUGGGCAAGACCACCACAGCGUCUCUGGUUUGUCAGGAAUUAGGAUAUAGCUACGUGGAACUGAAUGCAAGUGACACUCGGAGUAAGAACAGUUUGAAGGAGAUUGUUGCUGAAUCACUGAAUAAUACCAGCAUCAUGGGCUUUUAUUCAAGUGGAACUGCCCGUUCAGUAGGCACGAAACAUGCCCUCAUCAUGGACGAAGUAGACGGCAUGGCCGGCAACGAGGACAGGGGAGGAAUUCAGGAAUUAAUUGGUCUGAUAAAACACACAAAAGUCCCCAUUAUUUGUAUGUGCAAUGAUAGAAAUCAUCCCAAGAUUCGUUCUUUGGUUCAUUAUUGUUUUGAUCUUCGUUUUCAAAGACCACGAGUUGAACAGAUUAAGGGUGCUAUGAUGUCUAUUGCAUUUAAAGAGGGUUUAAAGAUCCCCCCUCCAGCUAUGAAUGAAAUAAUUUUGGGAGCCAAUCAAGAUAUCAGACAGGUUUUACACAAUCUGAGUAUGUGGUGUGCACGAAGUAAGGCACUAACCUAUGACCAGGCCAAGGCUGAUUCUCAUAGAGCAAAAAAGGAUAUCAGACUGGGCCCAUUUGAAGUUGCCCGGAAAGUGUUUGCAGCUGGAGAGGAGAGUGCUCAUAUGUCACUUAUGGACAAGUCAGAUCUCUUUUUUCACGAUUAUUCAAUAGCGCCCCUCUUUGUCCAGGAGAACUACGUACAUGUGAAGCCUGUAGCGGCAGGGGGUGACAUGAAAAAGCAUCUGAUGCUUUUAAGCAGAGCAGCAGAUAGCAUAUGUGAUGGUGACCUGGUGGACCGCCAGAUCCGGAGUAAGCAAAACUGGAGUCUUCUGCCCACACAGGCCAUUUAUGCCAGUGUUCUUCCUGGAGAGUUAAUGAGGGGGUACAUGACCCAGUUUCCUGCCUUCCCCAGCUGGUUGGGGAAACACUCGUCUGCCGGCAAACACGAUCGCGUUGUACAGGACCUCGCCCUGCACAUGGGUCUCAGAACUUACUCCAGCAAAAGGACUGUAAACAUGGAUUAUCUGUCACAUAUAAGGGAUGCACUUGUACAGCCCUUGAUCUCCCAAGGGGUAGAAGGAGUACAGGACGUUAUUGCUCUUAUGGACACAUACUACUUGAUGAAAGAAGACUUUGAGAAUAUCAUGGAAAUUAGCAGCUGGGGAGGCAAACCUAGUCUCUUCUCCAAGCUGGAUCCCAAGGUGAAAGCAGCCUUCACAAGAACUUAUAACAAGGAAGUCCACCUUACUCCGUAUUCACUUCAGGCAGUGAAGACACCCAGACACAGCACAGGCCCGGCACUGGAUUCUGAAUACAGUGAAGAGUUAAAUGAAGAUGACUCUCAAUCUGAUGAGAAAGACCAAGAUUCUGUGGAAACUGAUGCAAUGAUCAAGAAAAAGACAAAAUCUUCAAAGCCUUCAAAAUCAGAAAAAGAUAAGGAGUCCAGAAAAGGAAAAGGAAAAAAUUCAAAGAAAUGAAACUUUUUCACUACUGACAGCCACUUUUUACUCACCCUGUUGACCAGUCUAGCUUGACUAGAGAAUGCCUUGUUUUUUGCAAAGGAACCAUAUUUUAGCAUAAUGGGGCAACUUGGUGGUCCCGUUACAAAUAAAUGGCGGUACCGCUAGAGGGAUGUAACCGUAGGCUAACAUUCACCUCUUAUAGAGGCUGCUGGGACUGCAUGGCUCCUCCACCGUCCCGUCAACUACGCGUGGGCUUUGGAGUCAGAUCUUAGUUAACAGUAAUAUGCCUGGAAACCCUGGGACUAAGGCGACUUUGUAGGCUUAAGAAUUUAUCCUAAUGGCCUUCAUAGGACCAAACUGAGUUUUUUUAAAAAGGUAGUUACUAUUAUGUGGUGAAAAUUUGUAAAUAAAUCAUUAAUACAAAACAGUCACCACGUAGAACUGGGUAUUCUUUGUACAUUGUCAAAUAUCUUACAAAAUAUAAAUGAGGAAUAAAAAUGUUCCAGCUGAGACAUGUACAAAUUCUUAAGAAUGUCAUUGUGUACAGUAAAACAGUAUGUUGGUAUAUUACUUUAUUUAGUUUGCAAACAGUUGGGUAAGAAGCCAACUAUAUUUCUCACUAACCAGCUGUAUAAAACAGAACUUUGGCAAUUAAUUCCCAACUUGAUCACCUCUGUAAGUGCUAUCUCUCUGCGAACAGCAUGUCAUGGAGAGGCGUGUUUGGUAUUGCUGGAGGAAACGGUGGGCUGCAAAAGGACUGCCACAUUUUAUCCCUCCAGAGGCUCAACUCAUCAGGCUCAAGCCAGGAGGGUCUGUCUUGUUCUGGCUUGGGAGAAAAUGAACCCUGGCUUUUGUUUACUUUGUCUCUGGGAGAUCUGGUUUCUGCGCUGUGACACAUUCCACAGACUGUACUAGAAGUUUAGAUUGUGCCCGUAACUGUACUUGUUGAGGGGCUCUGAGCCUGGGAACUAGCCUGGAAUUUAGUUGUCUAGCCAUUUAAAAACUUUGUCAGUAAAUGCUCAGAGGUAUGUGCUAGGAGGAUCGUAAAAUUAGGAUACUGUUUCCUCCCUUUAAGUCGUUGAUAGUCUUGUUUGGGAGGUGAGACAAAGUUCCUGUGUAUUUAGGAGAGUGAAAAAUGUUUUUCACAUAGACUAAUAAGUUCAUUAUGGGAAUGAAACAUUGCCUUAAGCUUUGACCCUCUCUUUGUUAAAGCCCAGCUUGGAAUUUCCGCUUCAGUGAAGAUAUCCUCGAUUGGCAGCUGCCCCACCUUACCUGUGGGGUGGGCAUGGCUUUCUCACGCAUGUUCUUCCAUUUCUUCCCCUUUUUAUCUGCCUACUUUUUCUUUCCUCCUCAAGAAAGGGAGUGUAUUCUCCUUGCAGUCAGAAAAAUGAAUAGUGUCCUUCACUUGUUUCUGAUGAUUUUGUUAUUCUAAAUGUUCUGUGAUUAGCGUAAUCAGUGUAUGACUUUUUUUUAGAAUCAGAGAUUGUAAAUAUGCUCUAAAGUAUGAGGAUGGCGACAUGGAUCUGCCGGAGCUACUUGGUGGCACACACGUCUUUGCAGCAAACUGCGUACUUCUUUUGAGAUCCUAUGAGGCUUGGCCCUUUGGAAGCCAUGACGAACUACUGUGCUUUAUCCUUCAUCCUGUUAAGUUUUGGCAGUCCAUUAUUCGCAGUGGCAGUAUUUGACCUCUUGAAGUUAUUAAUAAGGAGCAGUGAUUUAUGUACUAUGAGUAGAGUCAUCCUAAAUAAGUUCUGGUGUAAUUAUGCUUAUUAGUGAAUAUGUAAGGCUCAUAACUCCCCAGAUACAAUGUGCUUUACUUUCACAGAUCCCAAGUGCCUCUGCCUCUUAUUCUAACUUUACAACAUCCCUCCAAUGAUAAUGGGAAAACAAAGGGAUGAUAGAUGGAUUUAAUGAUAAUGAUUUGUAUUGUAUCACUUAGUAAAGCGUUGACUUGACUUGGCCUAUUCUCUAGCCAGCCUUUGUGGGAGGAAGAACAGAUCAUAAUGUUGGAAGCGCCAUGCAUGUGGAUACUUGGAUGCAAUGACACAUUACUGGCAAUUUGAGGUCAACCACAGGCUCGUAGUUGUCACUGGGUACCUUUGUAAUGCUCAGGAUGCUUGUGACUGUAAUUCAUAGUGAGGCUACAUGACUUAUUUUUGCCAGCUACUCAGACUUUAGUGACAUUGACCUUGGGUGGCAAGGAAGGAUAUACUGUUGUAGAAAAAUAUGGGGUGUGUGUGAUAACAGGGAAGAUUCUGAAUAAUGUGUCUUCAGGAGAAGUCAAAUGAUUUAAUUAUGUGAAAGGAAUUCCACAGUACACUAUGCAGUAUAACGACUCAGGAGAUAAAAGCUUAUGGUUUAUAGCUUCAGUCCUUCAAAUUGGUGUUUUUAUUCUAAGAAAGACUCAUUCUGCUAACUAGGCUUGAUUUUGUUAAACUUCUCAUUUCAAACUUUUAACUGUUAAUAUCUUUGCUGCUCAUACUUCAUGACAGCUGCAAAGCUGUCUUCCUUUUCUCCCUUAAAUACAGGAAAACAUUACAAAUAUCUAGUCAACAAUUUUAUUUUAAAGGCAAUAUUUCAAAAUAUAAAAGUUAUUUAAAAAGUUGAAUAUUUACAGUUAUGUCAUAGGUUACUAUUAACAGUGCAGAGCAUAGAAUAUAUAAGACUUUGAAGAGGAACUAAACAAAGUAUAAUAAGCAUCAAGGUUAUAUGUCACUGUUUUGCCACUCUACAAUGACAGUUGUACAAUAUCUGUGACCUGGAGAAUCUUUCUUUUUUCUGUAUCCAGCAACCACACAGCCUCCUGUGGAAAAAUGCUAUCUUUUCAGGAACAUUAUAUCUAGAAAAGAUUAAAAAAAAAAAAACCAUGUUUUUAGAAGCAUUUCAAGUAACUGCAGUACAUAGUAAUAAAGCUAUACCAAAGAAGUUUUUGCUCAUUUCUGGAGUGUGGAGCAAGGUGACCAAUUCAAGUUAGCAUCCUCUGGUCUAUAAUCAGUAUUGAGUUUAAAUCUUGACCUUGACUAAAAUUGUACAGACAAGCUGUUGAACUAUUAUUAUAAAGUGAGGGUGCUAAUAAUAGCCACUUUACUCAGAAGAAUGGGAAAAUGCAACAUAAGUGCUCAGCAAUCUGUGCAGACUUUUCUGAAAUGAAAUAGUUGUUAAUGGUUCCUUGUCUAAAAGGAGCCCAUGAAUAUUUGCUUCAACCUUAUAGUGACCUUUUCAAAAGAUGGUGCACAGUCAUAACUUACUAAAGCAUAUCUGCAAGUAUUUAUGAACCAUGGUCUAAUAAGACUCUGCUUUAAUGCUGGGAUAGUGUCUGGAGAGAGUCUACACAGGUUAUUAAAAAUAACAGCAAUGUCCUACUUUGGCAGAAUUGCAGAUUAUCUUCUGGCAGAUAAUAGUUACAAACCUGGGACAGACUAUUCAAAGGCAUUGGAGAGCAACUAAAGGCUGGCAGAAAUUGGAAAGGUGCCAACUCUUGAAAAAAGAGAAGUCUACUGGGUAAAAUUCAUCUUUAUAUGCCUUUGCACCUGAGGUUAAGUCCAUGAGAGGAAAAUAAAGUCAUAGUCUUACUAGCUUGUAGAGUUCGAGAACAGAGUUUCGGCUUGCCAGAAUUUCUGAAAUGUGGGGGAAAAUACCCUGAAAAGAACAUUGCCCCCAAAUCUGCUUAUAAACACCAUGUAAACCCUUGAACUUCACAGGCUUGGAAGAGACUCUCUAAUGCUGGACUGAAAGCACAGUUCCAUGUUGUGGGGAAUGCCAUGUGUCAGAAAAUGGAGGGCUACUUCUAGGAUCUGAGGGCCUCAGUACUCUUAAUGGUAAAGAAUGGAAUUCACCAACAAACAGACUGGACAAAGGCACUGAGCCUUAUGUGAGAUCACAGUCCAACGAGUUACAGCCUUGUGAGACCCUGAACAGAAGACUCUGCUAAGUCAUGCCUAUCCUGCUGACGCACAGAAAUUAUAAGAUAGGUUCUUGUUCAAGAUGGCAAUGUAGGAAGAACCUCAACUACCUCUUCCCAGACACAGUGAAUGUAUAGCUACAUAUGGAACAAGUCCUCUGAAAGAAUCGAGUCCUACACAUCACAUGAACAAGAAAAAAUCCACAUCAAACUGGGUAGGAGAGGGUGAGGAAACCUUGACAUUAAACCUCAUCCCUAGCAUGACAACACACAACCAGGAUGCAACUCACAGGUCCCAGCUUUUCCCUGAGAAGUGAAGGGAACCAACCCUAUGUUUGGUACCCUCACUUUUAAGACUUCCGUACUAGAGAUGGGCCUCCAAAACUUGUAGCGUUAAAGGGCAAUGAGACUUGUAUCCAUGAGACCUACAAGGACAUGGCAAACUAGGACAGCCCAAAAUAAGAUCACAUGGACCCAUUGUGGCUACUACCCCCAGGGCCCAGCACAGAGGCAGCAGAGUGAAAAGCACUCACUCUGCUAUCUUAAAAGCUUUGGCCCAAGGAACAGGCUUCUAAUUUAACACAUACUUAAGGGCCAACUGCAACACUCUCCAGGGGCUAGCAUCUAGGUGCUGAGUGAGAUUCCUCACGUUGGGAUACUGACAGGUCUUCGCACACCCUCUACUGGGAGCCGCUAAAAACAAAGAAGAUAGAGCCAGGGCAGUGUUGAACAGUUAGGUUCAUUUCCUACAUGAGUCCACUCCUUCAAGACUGGGAGAAGUGGCUGUUUUAGCUAAUCCAUGGAAACCACACAGAAUCCAUGAAAAUGAAGAAACAGGAAUAUGUUCCAAGCAAAGAGAUAAAACCUCAGAAAAAGAUCUUAAUGGAGAUUAAACAAAAUCUCCAUUUUUUAAAGUGAUUUACAUGAUAGUUUACAAUAAUGGUCAUAAAAAGAACUCAUGAACAAAGUGAAAAAAGUAGCAAACAAAUCACAGACUUGAAGAAUAUAUAGUUAUUGAACUGGAAAAUACAAUAGAAAGUUUAAUAACAGACUAAAUGAACAGAAAAGCUCAGUGAACUUGAGGACAGGUCAAUAAAACUCCUCUAAUUAUAGCUUAGCUUAAGGGAUUUAUAUAAUAACAUGAAGCCAACCAAUAUUCACAUUAUAAGGGUCCUAAAAGAGAAGGAAAGAGUGAAAAUUUCCCUAACUUGGGAGAAAGAAACACAUCCAGAUCUAGGAAACCCAGAGCUUUAAACAAGAUGAACCCAAAAGACCCACACUAAGACAUAAUGUAAUUAAAUUGCCAAAAGCUAAAGGAGAGAAACAACUUGUUACAUUAAAAGGGGACCCUAUAAGACCAUCGGCAAAUUUUUAGUAGAAACUUUUGCAGACUAGGAGACAGUGGCAUAAUAUAUUCAAACUGCUGGAAGAAAACAAUGCCAACCAAGAAUACUCUACCUGGCAAUAUUGUCCUCCAGAAUUGAAAGACUGUUUUCCAGAUAAGGAAAAACUAAAGGAGUUCAUCACCACGAGCCUACCCUUAUAAGAAAGGUUAAUAAAGGGGCUUCUUUAGGC